AUGGAGGAAGGCACAAAGUCCAAGAAAACCGUCUUCGUCGGCGGAAUCGGCGACGACGUCGACGAAAACGCCAUUCUCGCCCACUUCGCCCCCUUCGGUGAUGUGAUCGAGGUACAGCUGCCGCUUGCCCCGACCAACCCUUCCCAUCCGAACGAAACAAAGCACCGAGGUUUCGCGUUCGUGACGUACUCCUCACCUGCCGACGCCCAGGAUGCUAUCGACAACAUGGACCUCAACGAACUUAACGGUCGCGUGCUCCGCGUGAACCUCGCCCGUCCUAUGAAGGGCCCCACACAGGCCGCUGGAAACAGAGCUAUCUGGGAGUCUGAAGACUGGCUCAGUAAAUACGCCAAGCCACUGGCUCAAAGCGGAGGUGCCACGCUGCGUGGUACAAAAGAAGGCUCGGCCGAGGCAGAGGACGAAACCGAAAACGCGCCAAACGAUGACAUGGAAGAAUGA